AUGAGGAUUGCCGUGGGACAGCUUUGCUCGCUGCUGAACCCGCUCGCCAAUGCUCGGGUGGUGAAUAAGCUCAUUGACCAAGCGGUCAAGGCUAAGGCUCAAGUGCUUUUCCUACCUGAAGCCAGUGACUAUCUUGGGCGCAACGCUGCUCAUCUGAUUGCGUUAGCCCAGCACCUGGCUCGGUUUGUCGACGAUGUCCGCCACCACUUGCGCCAGGCCAAUAGCGAUAUGAGGGUAUCGAUCGGGGUGCACGAGCCAGGAGCUACUGCCGACGCCCGCAUCAAAAACGUCCACCUCUGGAUCGAGCCCGACGGCACCGUGGCCCACUCGUAUCAAAAAAUCCAUCUUUAUGAUGUCAACGUUCCCAACGGGCCUAUCCUUAUGGAAUCAAAAGCAGUUGAGCCCGGGACAACACUCGUGAAGCCGUUUGCCGUAGGUCAGUCACCUUUUUCUGUGGGCCUCGCGGUGUGUUACGAUAUCCGCUUUCCCGAAGUGGCAUUGGCUCUCCGCCAACACGGGGCCAAUAUCGUCACGUUCCCGUCAGCGUUCACCACGGUGACGGGAGCAGCCCACUGGCAACUGCUCGGCAAGGCCAGAGCCCUCGACUCCCAGCUGUACGUGGUUAUGGCCGCCCAGUGCGGGGUGCAUGACGUCGAUGCUGGUGUCGGAGGCGACGACAGCGCCGCUGCACUUGGCGUUCCAGAAACCCCCCUGCCGCCAAAGAAGAAGCGUCAGUCGUACGGGAACUCGCUUAUAGUGGGGCCCUGGGGUGAAAUUGUAGCCGAAGGCAAGUGCUACGACGAAGACUUAUCCCAAGAUAUCGAUGGUGACGGCGACUACUACCAGUUGAUUGUGGCCGAUCUCGACCCCGACCACGUUGCCACCGUGCGUACAAACAUGCCGUUACUCGAUCACCGUCGCAAAUUUACCGUCGAGUAG